CACCAAGCCAUCCGAAUGAGCGACCCGCUCGCUCUCCAUCACGUCACCCUAAUGUAACGCUCAAGAGGGCAUUUAUUUCAGCCUCGUGUGUCUUGGGUUUGUUUAUUGUCUGUCUCUGGAACGUCCGCUCCACGGAGCAGCGAUCAUGUUUUACCGGCGUGGUGGCGGGUUCCCGGCAUCUAGGGCCUGGUCCGGCCGAACGCAGCAGGCCACCGCCUUUGCUUAACGCCCGACCGCGGUCCUGAGCGCUGGGCUGAGCCCAGCCGCCGGCCUCUGCUGGGGGCGGGGCUUGACCCGGCCGCGCCUAUGGACCCGCCCCCAGACCGAGGGCUCUCCUCCCGAUCCUCUCCGGGAGUCUGCCGGGGCCUUGGCCGUGCCUUUUCGUCUAAUUUCCCUUGCUCUUUCUGCAGCUGUCGCGAAAACCCGGAGCGGCGGAUCGCAGAGCCGGCGGAGCGGCGCCGCCCCUCGCGGCACCUCCCCGACAGCCCUCGGCGCCGCGCUGGGCAUGCUCAGUCGGCAGGGCCGCUUCGGCUUCUCGGAGUAGGAAGCUUGGGCGCUCGGGCUGUGAGGAGCCGCGGCGGCGGGGAACAUGGAGCCGUUCACCCACGAUCGGCUUCAGCUCCCCAGGAAUAUGAUUGAAAACAGCAUGUUUGAAGAAGAACCAGAUGUGGUGGAUUUAGCCAAAGAGCCUUGUUUACAUCCUCUAGAGCCUGAUGAGGUGGAAUAUGAGCCCCGGGGUUCACGACUGCUGGUGCGGGGUCUUGGUGAGCAUGAGAUGGAUGAGGACGAAGAGGAUUAUGAGUCGUCUGCAAAGCUGCUGGGCAUGUCCUUCAUGAACAGGAGCUCGGGCCUUCGAAAUAGUGCAGCCGGCUACAGGCAGAGCUCAGAUGGGACUUGUUCAGUACCCUCUGCGAGGACCAUGGUGGUCUGUGCUUUUGUCAUUGUGGUUGCUGUUUCUGUAAUCAUGGUGAUUUAUCUGCUGCCCAGGUGUACCUUUACCAAAGAAGGCUGCCAUAAAAAAAACCAAUCAAUAGGACUAAUUCAGCCAGUUGCAACUAAUGGGAAGUUGUUUCCAUGGGCACAAAUCAGGCUUCCCACUGCCGUUAGGCCGACACGCUAUGAACUUAACCUACAUCCAAACCUAACCUCAAUGACAUUCAGGGGUUCCGUGACGAUUUCACUUCAAGCUCUUCAGGCCACAUGGAACAUUGUUCUUCACAGCACAGGCCAUAAUAUUUCAAGAGUGACCUUUAUGUCAGCAGUUUCAAGCCAAGAAAAACAAGCUGAUGUCCUGGAAUAUCCAUUUCAUGAACAAAUUGCCAUCGUUGCCCCCGAGGCCCUUCUUGAAGGGCACAAUUAUACCUUGAAGAUAGAGUAUUCGGCAAAUAUAUCUAGUUCUUACUAUGGGUUUUAUGGCAUCUCCUACACAGAUGAAAGUGAUGUGAAAAAGUACUUUGCAGCAACUCAGUUUGAACCCUUGGCAGCAAGAUCUGCUUUUCCUUGUUUUGAUGAACCAGCAUUUAAAGCCACAUUUAUCAUCAAGAUCGUAAGAGAUGAGCAAUACACUGCUUUAUCAAAUAUGCCUAAGAAGUCAUCAGUCAUUAUGGAAAAUGGACUUGUUCAGGAUGAGUUUUAUGAGAGUGUGAAGAUGAGCACUUACCUGGUUGCUUUCAUUGUGGGGGAGAUGAAGAACCUGAGUCAGGACAUAAAUGGAACUCUGGUUUCUAUAUAUGCUGUCCCAGAAAAGAUUGGUCAAGUUCACCAUGCCUUGGAAACAACUGUGAAGCUUCUUGAGUUUUACCAAAACUACUUUGAAAUUCAAUAUCCACUAAAGAAAUUGGAUUUGGUGGCUAUUCCUGACUUUGAAGCAGGAGCAAUGGAAAAUUGGGGUUUGCUCACCUUUCGAGAAGAGACACUUCUGUAUGAUAAUAAUACUUCUUCAGUGGUGGAUAGAAAACUGGUUACUAAAAUCAUCGCUCAUGAGCUGGCCCAUCAGUGGUUUGGUAAUCUGGUAACGAUGCAGUGGUGGAACGAUGUAUGGCUAAAUGAAGGUUUUGCUACAUUCAUGGAGUAUUUCUCUUUGGAAAAAAUAUUUGGAGAGCUCUCCAGUUGUGAAGAUUUCUUAGAUGCUCGAUUUAAAACCCUGAAGAAAGAUUCCUUGAAUUCAUCUCAUCCAAUAUCAUCAUCAUCUGUUGAGUCUUCAGAACAGAUUGAAGAAAUGUUUGAUUCUCUUUCCUAUUUUAAGGGAGCUUCUCUGUUGUUGAUGCUGAAAACUUACCUUAGUGAAGAUAUAUUUCAACAUGCUAUUGUUCUUUACUUGCAUAAUCACAGCUAUGGAACCAUUCACAGUGAUGAUCUGUGGGAUAGUUUUAAUGAGGUCACAAACAAAACACUAGAUGUAAAGAAAAUGAUGAAAACCUGGACCAUGCAGAAAGGAUUUCCUUUAGUGACUGUUCAAAGAAAAGGAAAGGAACUUCUUGUACAACAAGAAAGAUUUUCUUUAAAUAUGAAGCCUGAAAUUCAGCCUUCAGAUGCAAGCUCUCUGUGGCAUAUUCCACUAUCCUAUGUCACUGAUAGAAGAAAUUAUUCAAAAUAUCAAUCAGUAUCAUUACUGGACAAGAAAUCAGAUGUCAUCAAUCUCACAGAAGAAGUGCAGUGGAUCAAGGUCAAUACAGACAUGACUGGCUAUUAUAUUGUGCAUUAUGCAGACGACAACUGGGAAGCACUGAUCAAACAGCUGAAAAUAAAUCCUUACGUCCUUAGUGACAGAGAUCGAGCCAACCUCAUCAACAACAUCUUUGAACUUGCAGGCCUAGGCAAGGUGCCUCUUCAGAGAGCUUUUGAUUUGAUUGAUUAUCUUAGAAAUGAGACCAACACUGCACCCAUCACUGAAGCCCUGUUCCAGACGGAACUCAUCUAUAACCUCCUUGAAAAACUGGGGCACACGGAUCUGGCCUCAAGACUGGUGACCAAGGUAUUUAAAUUGCUUCAAAGCCAAAUCCAACAGCAAACUUGGAGUGAUGAGGGCACCUCGUCUACUCGAGAGCUUCGGUCAGUCUUGCUAGAUUUUGCUUGCACCCACAGCCUGGAGAACUGCAGCACUGCUGCCAUAAAGCUGUUUAACGAUUGGAUGGCAUCCAAUGGAACUCAGAGCCUACCUACAGAUGUCAUGACAACUGUGUUCAAAGUUGGAGCAAAAACUGAGAAAGGCUGGUCAUUCCUCUUAAGCAAAUAUGUCUCUACAGGCUCUGAAGCAGAGAAGAAUAAAAUACUUGAAGCUCUUGCUAGCUCAGAAGAUGUACGGAAACUUUACUGGUUAAUGAAAAGUAGCCUCAGUGGAGAUACCAUCCGAACACAAAAGCUGUCGUUUAUCAUUAGAACAGUGGGCCGUCAUUUUCCUGGACACUUACUGGCAUGGGAUUUUGUCAAAGAGCACUGGAAUAAGCUUGUACAGAAGUUCCAUCUGGGGUCCUAUACCAUACAAAGUAUUGUUGCUGGGUCAACUCACCUGUUUUCAACGAAGGCACAUUUAUCUGAGGUCCAGGCAUUCUUUGAAAAUCAGUCAGAGGCAACCUUUCGACUUCGUUGUGUCCAGGAGGCUUUGGAAGUCAUUCAGUUGAACAUCCAGUGGAUGGAGAAGAACCUUAAAACUCUGACGUUUUGGCUGUAGCAUGCACACCUGCACCUCGUUCUGUCACCCAUUCAGAGAGCUUGUUAACUUGGGCUCUGCUGCUUUUGCAAAAGCCAAGGUGAAACCAGGAUCGCUGCUGAGUUGUUCGCACUCUUAGGAGUUCUAGUUUGCUCAGGGCCCGUCUGUAUUUUUCAUCUGUCUUUUCUGAAAUGUCUUUGGGCAGUGUGUAGUUAUUUAUUACCAAAUUAUAUUCACCUACAUGCCAACCAUCUACAAAAACAAUGGGUAAUUUUUCUACUUUGAAGAUAUUCAAAUGGAGAAGAAAUAUCUGUCUUGGAAUUCUAUUCUAUUUCUCAGUAUCUGGAAAGUGCUGACACCGUGAAAUAAGGAAAGAGCUACCAUGGGAGCCACCAUCUUUGCAGGCUGCUGGUUUGUUAGCCAUUUGUUGCUUCUUUUUGAUAGAUGUUAUUUGACUGUGGUUCAAAGUUAGCUUCAAAAAGUUUGGUAAUGAAGUCGCCAAAGCAUGCACCUAUAGAGAACCGACCUCAGGUGUGCAGAUCUACUUUGAUUGGGGGUUUUGAAUAAUCCUUUUAUUUUCCGGAAAAAAUUUAUAACUAUUAUAUUUUUUUUUUCUGAUGAAUAGCCAGGUGCUACAGAAUUUUAAAAGUUUUGUUGUAUUGUAAAGCUAAAUAACAAGGCCAAAAGAUUAAAUUUUCCAAAUAUUUAACACCUUUUCAUCUUUCAGGAAAAUAUUUCAAACUGAGUUAGCAUUAAUUAUAAUUAUUUUACUUAUGAAUUCCAGUAUUCUCCAAACUUCUGUACACCUUUAUCACUCCCUGCCAUAGAUACACCUUAUGUUAUAAAUAAGUAUUUCUACAUUUAUGGCAAGCAUUUUUUUAAUAUUGGUGUCUCAUUUUAUUAUUAAAGAUACAAUUUGUUUGUUGCUUUUUGGCAUAAUAGAUCAUAGACACUGUCUCCAAAUCACACCUGUUGGGUGGGUUUUCAUUUUAUAUGAUAGAGUCACAUAUUAGAAGCAUAUUUUAAAAUAGGACCUUUGAGAAACUGAACAUUUUUAUUUAAAGUUCACCAUAGUACCUUAAAGGAAUAAAGAGAAUGUGGGUAGGAGUAACUUGAUUUAGGUUUAAUAUGGUGGGCUUUGAAUUUUUUCUACUGUCAGAAACAGUGCUUUUCUUUAGUUGAAAAAUCAAAGUUUUCUUUUGUAAUGGCCAAACUAACAGAUUAUAAGGAAUGGCCAAGGAAAGAAAGGAAGGAAGGAAGAGAGAAAGAGGAAAGUAUCCAAAACUGAAUGGCAAUUUUACUCCUUCUAAAGGAGAAAUACUGUACUUGAAUUUUUUGAGCUAUGCAGACUUAUACUUAGAUUGUUGUGUUUCUUUGAUUCUUAGGAGAAAAGCUUUCUUCCUAAUAAUUCUUAUACUUUAUAUUUUGCUUGAAAACAUCUACAUAUAUAAAAAGGGUAUUUACCCAUUUUUCAGCACUUAGAACACUCCACUGAAUCAGACAAUGGGAAAGGUUACCUUUUUUUAUUCAGCAGGUAUCAAGUGAGAAUAUGUGGGAUUGUGUAUAAAAUUAUAUUUUAUUUUAUGAAAAUAUUUUUAUAUAACAAAAUUUAAAAGACUGGCAAUAGAAGCUCAAAGAUAAUCUUCUUUAAUCCUAGUGUGUUUUUCCCCAAUUUAGUGUUUUCUAAGCAUUUAUCUCUGUUUUAGAGUAGAAAAUAUUAUCUGAGAAUCACAGAAUCAUCUGAAGAUAUUUUGUCGAAACUGGAGUGAUUGUAGGUCUUUAUUCCUCUUGUGCUUCAGUAAAUGAAUGAUAAUUUAGUUGAUAUUUGAAAGUCAAUGUGUUUUUAUAUUUUUAGAGUGGGGAAAAAUACUAAAAUUUUGAAGGAUUUUUUUGUUGCUGGUCUUUUUACCAUGUUAUAUUACUAAAGUCCACUUUGAUACAGAGUUUAAAUUUUGCUACUUCUCAGAAUCAGCUGAGAUUCUUCAGCUUCACCCGCCCAUCUUUGCAUUGCUCCAUAAUGUGUGUUGACGCUGCAUAUGGCAAAUCUUGUCUUGAGUUACUGUCAUUCUCUCCUGUGGGUGUGCGUGUGUUGGCAGGUAGGGGUUGUUAUCUAUCAAAACAUGGGCUAAAAAGAAGUAACUCAUAAUUCAUUUCUAUCUUUGUACUUAAAAACCAUUCAUUCCCAUGAUACCAGAUCCAUACUAUCUGUAGUUUUAUUUAUAGGCCUCACCUCAGAUUUUCCCAUGGAAUUCCAUACUUUUUAAUGUUAUACUGUCCCAUCUGUUAUAUGGGGCUUCCAGAAACUAACUCUAUGUCAGGAAUAUUAGGUUAAGUAACAGGUAGAGCAUGUAGUAUAAUAAGUAUUAUUGGAGCUUUUGAAGUUUUCUCCCCCAGAAUUUUAUUUCACCACUGUAUUCCUGAGAACUUAAAUAGAUGGAAGCACAGCAGUCAUAUGAUUCUGUUUUUUAUGAGCACAGAGGUCCAUGACCCAAUUAAGUACUGUUUGACAAGUGUUAUAUUCAUUGCAGACAGACGGUCUACUUGAAUUGAUAAAAAGGCACAUCAUACUAGAUAAUUAGGAAAGACAGAACUGGAGAUCUGGAACUGUAGAAGAAAAACUUAUGCUUUGGAGAUCUGAAAGGCUGUGAAAGUAAAAAAUCUAAGGAGUCCAGUUUGUUUAUAUCUAAUCACUUGUUAAUACCAAGUGAUUAGACCUAAUUAAACUGAAGUAGUGUCAGCUGCCACCAUAAGCUUGUGCCUUCCUCCAUCCUGUUUUAUAUAAAUCUCUCUAAGUGAAAUUAUGUUGUUUGCCAUUGUUUUGGUGUUCGUGAACUUUCUGUGACAGGUUCUAAUUAAUGCUAAUGUUCUAUGCCAUUCGUGUUUUCAUUUUACUGUACUUUAGCCACUGUAGGAACAAAGAGCUGUCAGAAGAGUUCUGGGUAUUAUAUAGAGGAUAUUAAGCCACAUCAGUCUUACUGGGUACAGAACAGAAUCCUUUCUGAAUAUUGGAAACCAAGAAAUGAAAGUUAAGUAAUGAGUUUGUUGGAUGACAGAUAGCCUCUUAUGGAGCUGGAUUUUAAAAGCGUCUGCUCCAUCUAAAGCACCUGGAGUGAUCACCUGCAGUCAGGUUGCUGAACGUUCACACAGCCCCCGUGUAUCUCCUGGGGCCUCAGGGACGAUGCAUGCAUCUUAGGAGAUGUGUCAUCAGCAAGGACAGCAGUUCCUGGGCUGAGUGUGCAAAACAAGACCUGAAUUUGGUAGGUAUGAUGUAGCUCUUCUUCUCCCUUUUGCCUCUGUUAUUUUUUUUCUUUGAUUGGAAUUAACUCUUUUUAAAGAGCUUCCUUCCUCCUUCUGCCCUUACAUCUCCAUCUGUACUGUAAAAAGCUUGUGUAAAUAUAUAUUUUUGCCGAGUUUUGCUUUUUUUAAUUUUGUGCUUCAUCCUCCACAUUGGCAAGUAAGUACCAGGUGAAAAGUGGAAGUCCGAAAGUAUGAUAAACCUCCUCUUCUCCAAUAACUAAUAGAAUAGUUGAUUGAUUUCUUUGAGUGGCUCUUUGGGGGUAUAUACUUUUUAAGUGUACAUAUGUUUUGAUAUGUUUUUAUAUUCUUUCAUUUUAAUAUAGUGUGUCCUGAUGAAAAGUGAAAUAUUGUCCUAUGAAAAGCUCUUUUACCCUUACUGUUUUUCCUGUAUGCGCAACAGCUACAGAGUAGUUAUUUGAUUUCCUUUUUUGGAAGGGGAUGUUAAUAGUGGGAGAGGAGCAGAGUAUGUUCUUUUUAAAGCGUGUACAAAGGUGUUUGCUGCUUCUUUGUGGGUGUUUUUUGAUUUUGUAUUUCCUUCAUCCUUCUCAUGGAUAAGUAGGUAUCUAAUGAACCGUGAAGGUCCAAAAGUAUGACAAAUGUCCCAUUUACCCCUCUCCUAUUGCCUGUGUGGAUAUAACCGAGUAGUUGUAGUUUCUGUUGUUUUGAUGUAUUCUUGAGGGCAGGAAGGGGAGAGAGCUGUAUAUUCUUCUUUCAAGUGUAUAUAAAUGUUAUGCUAGUUUUUAAUAUUUCAUUUUAUAUGUGUUCCUUUGCAUGAAUGCAUAUGUACUUAAUGAAAACUGAGGUUUAGAGUGUGACAGAUCUCCUCUUUUCCCUUUUCCUUAUUGCCUCACUGGGCAAUAGCUAGAGUAGUUUUUGUUUUGUGGGGUGGGAGAGUGGGGUAUGUACUUUAUGUAUAUAAGUAAAUCUUCUACUCUGUAUUAUAACUAAUUCAUUUCGUACUACGUCCUUCUCAUAGGACAUCAGAGUACCUAAUGAGACAUGGAGGUCCACAUGUAUGACAGUCUCCUCUUGUCCCCUUCCCUUGAUGCCCAUGUGGGCAGUGGCUAGUAGGGUAAUUGAUUAGUUUCAGAGGGUCUUCUAUGGGUAUUGAAUACUUUUUAAAUAUAUGUUCAUGUUUUUACUUCCUUAUUAUAGUAUUUCAUUGGGUACCUAGUCCUUCACUUGGACGUGUAGGUUGUUAAUGAACCAUGGAGUUCCGGAUGUAUAGCAGUCUUCUCCCUUUCCCUUUUUAUCUGUGUAGGCAAUAAUUUUAAAGUAGUUUGGGCUUUUUGAAGUUUCGGGUGGUGGGAAGGGACUAAGGGCAGGAUAUAUACUUUUGAAAACUGUAUAUAUACAGUGCUUGUUACUAUAUUGUUUUAUUCUGUUUUGUACCUGUCCCUUGCUUGGACAUGUAGGUACCUAACAAGACAUGGAGGUCCGGAUUUAUGAAAAUCUCCUCUCUUCCCCUUUCCUUGUUGCCUCUGUGGGCAAUAGUUUUAGAGUAGUCUAGGUUGUUAUUUUUACCUCUAUCACUCCCUCACCUGGGAGCGUAGGAAUGUGUACUUUUUAAAAUGUAUAUACGUGUUUUUUGCUCAUUGUUUUUGUUAUUUCAUUUUGUUCCUAAACCUUUCCAUGGAUACUUAGGUACAUGAUGAAAAUUAAGGUUCAUUCUAUGAAAAAAAUCUCCUCUUCUCCCCUUCCCUUAUUGCCUGUCUGGGCAAUGACUUGUAGGCUAGUUGUUUGGAGGUGUUUUUGUUUUGUUUGGGGGGAGGGGCAGGGUAGUAGGGGAUUUCUGGGUUUGCUUUUUUUUUUUUUUUUUUUUUUAGUGUAUAUAUAUGUUUGCUGCCUUUUUUUGUCCCUUCACUUCAAACCAAGUGUUUUGUUUGGAUUUGUAAAUAUCAAAUGUAAUGCAGAGGCCCAGAUCCAGAGGUAUAAUAAAUCUUUUCCCCUUCCCCUAUAGCCUCUGUAUACCUGCAGUAGUUUAAGAGUACUUGAGGAUAUGGUUUUCUCUUCUUUGUUUUUGAGGUUUUUUAAUGGAGCAUGAGCUUAUUUGGCAAGAUGUGUAAAUUUUUAAAUGUAUGUAAAUGUUUCUGCCCCUUUUGGUGUUCAUUUCAUCUUGAAUGCAGUCUUUUGCAUGACUAUUGAGGAACUUAAUGAAAGUUGAGAUCGAGUCUAUGAAAAAUCUCCCUGCUCCCGUGCCCUCAUUGCCUGGGUGGGCAGUGGUAGAAUAGAUGUUUGGCUUCUGUUUUUGGAGGGGUAGGGAUGGGAGAGGUCUGGGGUGGGGGUGGGGUGUGUGUACACACUUUUUGUUUUAGUAUAUAUAAAUGGUUGCUGUGUUUUGUGUAUUUCAUUUAGUACCCAGUCCUUUGCUGGGAUCUGUAGGUACAUGAAGACAUGUGGAGGUCCAGAUGUAUGAUAAAUCUCCUCUACUCCCUUCCCUCACUGCCUGCGUGGGCAACAGUUUAACAAUUUGGGAUUUUUUUUUUUUUUUUUUAGAGGGAGGAAUUAUUGGGUGGGUAGUAGUUAGUGGGAAAGGACAGAAUGUGAACUUUUAAAAAAUGUAUAUAAAUGUUUCCAUGGUAUUGAUUUCAUACUAGUCUUUUGGGUGGAUGUCGAGGUACCGAAGGCAAAUUGAGAAGAAGUGUAUGACGACCUCCCCUUCUCCCCUUCCCCUUGUUGCCUGUGUGGGUAACUGCAAGUAGAAGAGUUGUGCUUUGUUUGCUUACUUGUUUUAUAGAGAUUUAUAUUUUUGGCAGGAGAAUAUUCUUGAUACAUAUGAAAUGCUUUCAUUUGUUAUUUUAUUUUGUAUUUAGUCCCAUAUAUGGCUAUUUAGGGACUAAUGAAAAUUGAGUUUCAUAGAUGGACAGGUUACUUCUUCCUUUUCCACAUAAUUGCUCCUUCAGCUGGAGCUAGUAUAGUUGUUAUUUUGUUUGUUUUAUUCUCUCAGAUAUAUACCUUUAAAGAUGUAAAUAUAUACAUGCACAUAUAUGAUUUGCUUAUUUUCUCCCCCCACUGUUUUCCUUUAAUACUUAGUCCCUUGCAGGCCCUGAAUGUAUCUAACAAAAAUGUCCCACCAGAUCCCUGCCAUCUGACCUAAAGGUGUAGCUUUGUGGUGCUAUAACCAGGCAUGUAGCAGAUACGAUAGGAGAAGACACUUGGAUGUGGCUGGUUGUGAAAGCUAAUCCGAUUCAGCAUUUCUUAGGUUUUUUCAAACUGAAUGAAAUGGUGAGAAGGGACCUGUACUUUGGAAAUGUCAAAAAGACAAUACUUUAAGCGUGUUUAAAUUUUUUUGCUGAUUCAUCUCUUAGUAACUGGUAAGCCAGUUGACAUGCUGCCUAGAACUCAUUUGAAGACCCUUGAGAGGAGCUUCUUUCUGAGGCCUGGAUUCUAAGUUUGUUGCGGUUCCAUCAGUACACAGCACAUUCUUGUGUACUCAGUAGAAAUUAUUUUGGUUUCUAGAAUGAAUCUUUUGCGUUAUUGUCAUUGUUCUAGUAAAUGACAACAUGGGCCCCAAAACUAAAUGGGUGGCAAGCCCUUUCAGUCUUCCAACACUUUACAUAUGGUAGGGCGAGUUGACCCUUUCCUACCCAGAGCUCUUCUGCGUGGCUGCAUCUGUCUCUCCUCACUUCUCCACUAGCUAAACCAUUCCUGUUCAUUUCUCCUUUUUGUCUUCAGUGCUUGUACUGUUAGAUGUUAUCUUCAAGGGUACUCGGAAAUGUAAGCCCAUGUUGCCUCUUUAGCUGUAUGUUCUUCAUGCAUUUCAUACAUCCAGACCUGUGUGUUAGCUUUCGGCAUUCUUGAAUCAUAUUUCACAUUGAUUCUUCAUCCACCACAUGGUAAAUGUUAUGACUCCACAUUUGUCUGUAUCAAAGAAAAUGCAUGUAUAAAAUCAUCCAUCCCUCUCUUCCUCCCUCUGAGCGCUAUUUGUUUGUUCUGCAAUUUAUAGUGAAUAUAAUGCUGAAGAGUUGCCAUAUUGUUAUUUUUAGAAACGCUGAGUGAUAGGACUCCUAGAAAAUUUGCAGAUGUUAUUUACCAUAUCAAACUCUCAGGCUCUAGUGAAGAAAAAUUUGCUUAUACUUUGCUGUUACUUCUACUUGCUGCUGUAGGGAAAAUAAAAGCUUAUUCAUGCCACGUUUAACUUUGAUCAUAAAGAAAAGGGGGCACCUUUUUGGAGUUAGUCAUGGUCAUAUUUAGCAGUAUUUCUUAACAGUGCUUAAUUUGAAAUACUUCAAAGGAAGUAAAGGUCAGGGCUUAGCUAAAUGAAAUGCUCCAGAACUUGAACUGUAUAAAGCAUCAAUACAGUAAUACACUCAUGUGUAUAAAAUGACAGUUACAGCAUAAUUGGAACAUUUGCAUUAAUCAACAAACUCACAUUGAGACAAAAAUUAAUCUUACAGCAUCUUGAUUAAAGCCAAGUGUUCCAUACUGCUGUGAAGAAUAGUCUAUCAAACACUUUGAAAAGUAAUUACUUCAAAACUUGUAAAGGUAUCACAUUUUUGUAUUUAAACACUUAUAGAGAUCUCCAGUUCCUUGAAUCUGAACUUGUGGGUAGAAUUCUAAAUUUGUAUCAUAAUCCUGUCUUUUGUGAAAGAUUUUGAAAAUAGUGUGUAUAUAUAAUAUUAUAUAUGCAAAUUGUGUUCUGUCACUUGUAAAGGGAAAAGGCUUAUUUUUCUUUAUACUUCUGAUAACUUGUUUUGCAUAUGACCAGCACUGACUGAAAGGCAUGUGUACCUGCAAACACUGUUGCUUUUUUUUGUGAAAUGAAAA